GUAUGUACGUUCAUUACAUGACAUCGUCGACCGACCGACAUAGAUGCCUUCUCAACUCUCAGUAACAAAGUGAUUGCAAACUCUGGACAAGAACACAAUGGCUAGACCCUUCGAAAUCUCCGUUCCAGAUGCUCAACUUCAUCAUCUUCAGCAGAAGUUAGCAACGGCAACUUUCCCGGAUGAACUGGACAAUGCGGACUGGGACAUGGGGGUGCCUCUGGGUGAGAUGAGAAGGCUGGUAACCUACUGGCGCGACGGCUUCAACUGGCGCCAAAAGGAACAAGGACUGAACGAGAGCUUGAAUCAGUUCCUCGUUCCUAUAACCGUCAACGGAUUCGGAGGCUUGAAUAUUCAUUGCCUGCACCACACCAACCAAAAUCCAAACGCUGUUCCUUUGCUAUUCAUACACGGCUGGCCUGGAAGCUUUUUGGAAGCAACGAAGCUUAUUCCAUUGCUGACCCAAGGAGACGAGAAUCACCCAGCAUUCCAUUUGGUCGCUCCCUCAUUACCGAACUUUGGCUUCUCAUCUGGAGUAAACAAGAAAGGGUUUGGCCUGGUUCAAUAUGCGGAAGCAAUGCACAAUGUGAUGCUGGCUUUGGGCUACAAAGAUUACGUUGUACAAGGCGGUGAUUGGGGCAGUAUCAUCGCUCGUGUCAUGGCCAACCGCUACUCUGACCACAUCAAGGCCGUUCACCUGAACUUUCUACCGGUGGCUCCGCCUUAUCCAUGGCGGAGUCCUUUAGUCUUUCUUCGAUCCCUCCUCACCAUUCCCUUCUCAUCAGGUGACAAGGCACACUUGUCCGCUACUUCGGACUAUCUAACGCAAGGGAAUGCUUACAUGCGUCAGCAAGAGACUCGUCCGCAAACGUUAGGCUACGCUCUUCAUGACAGCCCUGUGGCGUUGCUCGCUUGGAUCUACGACAAACUACACUCAUGGACUGAUAGCUACCCGUGGACGGAUGAUGAGAUUCUCACUUGGGUGAGCAUCUACUGCUUUUCGGUAGCGGGGCCCGCGGCAUCCGUCCGGAUCUACUACGAGGCGGCACGAAACGACUCUUCGUCCGCUGUACCUGGAAUGUCCACGGUCGAUGCUAUCUCGAAACCCAUUCCUGGUAACGUCAAACUUGCAGUGGCUCAAUUCAAGAAAGAGCUGAUCCGAGUGCCUAUGUCGUGGACCGGCCUGGCCGGUUCUGUCGUUAGAGCUAAGCAAUAUGACUGUGGUGGCCAUUUUGCAGCGUGGGAGGUGCCAGAGCUCCUGGCAACCGACCUGAGAAAUUUCCUGGGAAGGAAUGGGCAGGCGUACGGAGCUGUAUCUGGGAAGGAUGGGUACUGACCAUCCACUUGUCGAAUGCAGAUUGAAUGGAGCCCUAAUAGGGGUUAGGUUGUAGAUGAUAGAGGUUCAGACAUAACGCAACAGAACUAGGAGGGUGUUUCGGUAUGCAGAGAUUUAACUUCUAAUUCCCUGUAUUCUCGUCCUCCAUAUGUCCUCACUGUGCUUCGCCUCACCUUAAUCGAUAAUAUGUAACGUUAAGUGGAGACCUUAGACGCCGAAAGCUGUUCUCAACCAGGAAAUAUUG